AUGUAUGCAAAAUGGCAUGUUGUGCAACUGGUUUAUAUAAAGAUUCAUGCACCAAAUAGCUCUUUCCGAGGUCUGUUCACAAAAACUUCUUCAAUCACUGAGAAAACUAUUCCAAAUGAUUCUAUUCCUUUCUGGGAUCCCCCCAAUGUCUUUGUUUUGUUGGUGCGUUGCAUCGCCAAUGAGCGCGGCGCAGUUGCCGCUGGCCCAUACCUGUGGAUCUUUCUUUUGUAUUAUGAGGAUUUGUCAUGGCUACUAGCAGGACCUUUCAUCGCUAUUCUAAAUGAAAAGCUUUCAUUUCUUAACUACAAGUUUUUGGUUGAUAUGGAGACUAUCUUGCAGGAGUUGGAUGAGAUAAAGAUUAAGAUACAUUAUGCUACAGAUCUAGAUGGAUGGUCAGAAACCGGCCGCUUCGUUGCCAAUGGAACAAUGGCAAUCAAACCGGCCGCCCCGGCUGACCCGUUCACUACGACUGAUUGUCACGUCCGGCUGUUCCGUUGUUAUUGGACCCAUGGUGAUCGAAUGGGAAAUUUCUCGGGGACAAUCUUGCUGCUGGAUCGGUCAAGGUGCAAGUUGACGCUGGAUUUAUUGGGUCCUGUUUAUCUUCGUCGGAGCCACGUUCUUAUUCACCCUCGUCAUGCCUUCCCUAGCCCCAGUUCUGGACCCAUCGUCAGGAACGGCGGAGAUGAGGGGGACGCACGAUUUGUUGUGGUUUUGGAGAGAAGAGGCCUAACCCGAAAACGAUUACGUCACCACUCCUGUCCCAACUUCAAGUUGAGACAGGAGUGUAUCAAAGAAAGUUUCUUGAUACUCGACGUUCAGCUCACCAUGGACUACACCACACACUCAAUCAAUUUCUUCCCUCCUAAACGCCAUGAAGUCGUACUUCAAGGUCAAAAAGUCGCAAAUUCUUCAGUGAUGUCUCAAAGUCUGGCGGAUUUGGUAACAGGAAACUGCCAAGCCGGACAGAGAUGGCCUUCAAGUAGCAUUUUGAUGUAUCUGGCAGAAUACAUGAGCACCGUUGGCGAAUUUGGUGGCAACGUCCAAAUUAUCCCUUUCGACGAGUCCGACGUCAGCAACAUGGAUCCCAUCAUCGACUUUGUCAUUUCCAAAGGCUCCACAUACGAUGGAGACAAUUUGUUUGUAUUGCCUCGAAUCAUCUGCACGAACAAAGAUGAUAUGGCUCAGCACCAGUUUUGCGCGAUAUUUCAGACAACUAAGGGGAACUUGUAUAACAUAAGUAUUGAUGAUCUGUACGCGUCAACCCUUGCACCGUUCUGUCGCCGCUCCGUAGGCUUCAAAGCCCUCCGGGGGGAAUUGCUCCUGCUCAACUGGACGAUAAUGCGAUUAAAGAAUCACAAACCGCAAAAAUCGAAGAAAAAGAGGCGGAAAAGGAGCCGAGAACAGCACUCAACCCAAGGCUCUGACUCGCAGAUACAAAUCGAUGGGCAGAGUGCGGAGGUAAAUGAAGCUGAACGCAGUUCUUGUAACAAUGCUGGCACAGAACUAGGAGUGGAGCCACCACAAGAAAAAGAAAUUAAAGAGAAAGAACAGAGAUAAUGACGUUGGGGAAGCGGGAAAUGUCCAAAAAGAAAAGAAAUCGAAAAGAUCGCGCAAGAGCCUAGAGGAUGAUAUUGGAGAAGCGCGUAACACCCAAAAGCUUAGAAAAAGGUUGCGGAAGCGAGUAGAGAAUGAUGUCGCAGAUGCCGGUAUCCUCGAGUCUCACCAUGAAGUGAAGGAAAGCAAGGUCAAUGGUCCAACGUUUGUAAAUUGUCACUUUAGCGCGAUGCUGUUCCCCUCGAACAGGCGCUUCAAAAACCUCCCAAGCAGCCGUCCAAAUUGAAAGUCUCUUCCCGGACAGCUGGAAAGUUCACCGCCCGCACUUCGUGAGCACGACGA